AUGGUGCGUGAUUUAACUAUAUCGGACAUGAGCGCUCAGUGGUUCCCUGGAGAUACAAUGUACAAGAUAAUCAAAACGAUUUUUGCGUUCGAUCGUGGCACACCGAAACAAAGCUCGUUUUGCACCGUCACUGUCCGUGUGGUCGACGUGAAUGACAAUACACCGCAGUUUGUCUAUCCCACACAGAAAAACCACACUAUUUAUGCUUCGGCCUACACUCCCCCGGGAAUUCCAUUGGUCAAGUUGACUGCUGUGGACCCAGAUCAGGGUGACAAUGCCCGAUUGUCGUUCCAUCUUGACGGUGACCCGGCUCACGCGCGUAUUUUUCAUCUGGAUGAGAAAUCUGGCGAAUUGAGCUUACUCGGUGUGAGCGAUCCGGCCGAGUCCGUGGGCCUGUAUCAAUUAAAGCUGCGGGUCACCGAUUCUGGCACGCCGCCUCUAUCAGGCCAUGCCAAUAUCAACAUUGUUCUGAACAAGAACGCGCAUGCAUUUUCAAAAUAUUCGUUUAAUCCACAAAUGUUGGACAAGACAGCGGAUGGAGCGUUUAUGGAAGGUGACCUCAGCGAAACCGGUCAAGUGGUUCAAGCAAAUCGAUCAGGCGCUGCUGAUCUAUUGUUGCACGGUGAUGGGAUAGGAACCCGUGGUCGAGGGCAAACGGGUUACUACCAUCCCCAAUCGCUAGAUGCAUCACCUGGUUCGGACGGGGCCGAUAAUUGGAAUAAUGGGGCCGGACAUGCGUUAUCGUAUUUCAGCUCAGAACGAGCGUUGAUCAUUAUCAUUUGUCUGAUUGCCAUCUCGGCCGUGAUUGCCUUCCUGUUUCUCGUGGCAAUUGUGAUCGUGCGACGAAAAGCGGUGGCUCUAAACGCUCCGAGUCGAUUGGAAACUGCCUGUCCUGUGCCGCGCAUUGUAAAUGCAUGCGCUCCCUCACCCUGGUUUGGGACAAACAAGUCGGGUUCGACACCAUCCGCCUCGUUUGCUUCGAACAAGGCGUGGCUAAUUUCCACAGGCGACAAAUCGUACUCCCCGGCUGCGCAAUCCACGGUAGACUAUGUGCAACGAGGAUCAUGCUCUCCAUUGGGUGAAGCUAGUGGUGCGGAAAUGUUGGAAUUGGACAAACGACAGGAACAAACGAAUUAUCAAUUUUGCAAUGAAAUUCUAGUCAAGACCCUCGAGUCCAAUCGAUACACUCCGAGUAGAAUGGAAAUCAGUUCGCUGCAACGUACCCCGUGUGUACUUCUACCCGCCAAUGAUCUCAGUCCCCAUGUGGGCAUGCAUCGGAUCGAUGAUCAUCUAAACUACAAAUGUGCAGCCGCAGACUCAACCGGAUCUAGUCCGGCUGCACCAGGCGACCUGACAUUUCACGCUGCCUAUCAGACCAUUGACGAACGUGAAUGGGUGAAACGACGUGGACUGGAUCAGUCUUCACCCGCACGUGUGGAAACACACAUGCUGAUGCCUCGUGUGAAAUUCGCAGAAAUCGAUCCGGCCUACCAGGAUUUACAAUUUGCCACGGUACGAGACCCCCCGGGGCCUUUGGAACUGUCUGCAUUACGUUCAGUGUCGGUCGUCCCGUCAGGUACCUCACCGCAACUAUCCAAAACACUGCAGCAGCAGCAGCACCAUCAACAACAACAACAAAAGCAGCAACAACAGCAACAGGCGCUCACAGAGGAAGCGUGA